AUUCGCUAUAUGUUUUCAAAUUCGAUUGAUUUUAAAUUGGAAGCCCAAAAUUAGUUUAUAUAUAAACUUUCCAAUUUUAUUUAUUAAUUCGUUUGAAAUUGAAAGCCCACAAUUUAGUUAGUUUUGAGUCGGAAGCCCACUGUUUUAGAAAAGUACCCGAAACGUUUUAUGGCGAUGAAAAUAGGCAGGAGAAUUCUAGACCAAAACCUAAAUUAUAUUGAGCAGUUUUAUUCGAUGAAGAGAUGAAGAGACAAAGAGUAAUCGAGUUAGAUCGUGUGGAGAAGACAACAAAGUUCAACAUAGAUUGGGACGAUGCUUUGGGUGAAGAAGAAGUUCCCGAGCUCGAGAUCAUCGCCACUGACAAAAUUCCGCAGCGUGAGCCUACUCUUUCCGGCGAUGAACCCGCCGUCUGUGUGCGAUCCCUCAGGGAUAACGAACUCGACGAUCAUCUGAAGCGUCAGAGAUCACUUCUUACUCGUCUCGGUGAUAAGUUGCCAGAUAAGGGCGAGAAAAUCCGAAACAGAAUCGGAGACCUCGAGUACGAGAAGCAGCGAAGGAUGUUCCAACAACGGACCAAAAUGGAUGCGGACAACGGAUGUCAGAUUCUCGAGAAACCGAAAAGCUCAGAUGUGUUUAUGCAAGCGAGUACAGCCUCAAAAGACACCUCUGGACAAGGGAAUACGGGAUCGAAAGACGUGUCUCGGUCAACAUUUGCUGCUCAUUUUAGUGACAAUCAUAAAGCGGGAGCUCAAUCAGUAAAACUGUUUAACGACAAACUACAAGAUUUGGGACGCGGAAGCUGGAAAAGCAAAGCAAAUAGCGACUCAAUAAUAGAGAAAAGUAAUGGGUGGCGAUCACUGCCAAGAUUAAGCAAGUGUAAGGUGAGUGAAAAGAACUUUUAUUCUGAAGCUAAGGAUCCAAAAGGGGAUCGAAAACCCAAUGAAGCUUAUGGUAAGGGAAAGCCAAAGGAAUCUUCCCCUUACUUACUUGUCGAUGAUGAUGACGACGACAACCCCGUCAUUAGCUAUGAAACUCCCAGGGAGUGGAGUUCGAAAGCAUCGCCAUCACAGAGUUCAAGCUGCAGGAAGAAAUCAGAUGAUAAAGUGAUUAAUUUGGACGAAGAUGAACCUCAGUCUCCAAUGGUAGUAGACGAAGCAUGUGAACUUCCUGAAGGGUUACCUGAAGAUAUUUACUACCCAUCAAGUGAUCAAAGUGAUGGGCGAGACCUUGUUCAAGUAUCUCUUAAAGAUUUGAAAUGCCUUUCACCUGGGGAAUAUCUUACAUCGCCAGUUAUAAAUUUCUACAUCAGGUUCUUGCAACAUCACGUGUUUUCAGCAGAUGAGACAGCUGCUAAUUGUCAUUUCUUCAAUACGUUUUUCUACAAGAAGCUCAUAGAAGCUGUUUCGUACAAGGGUAACGACAAGGAUGCAUAUUUUGUGAAGUUCAGGCGGUGGUGGAAGGGUUUUGAUCUCUUCUGUAAAUCAUAUAUAUUUAUACCGAUACAUGAAGAUCUCCACUGGAGCUUAGUAAUAAUUUGCAUCCCAGACAAGGAGGACGAAUCGGGAUUGACUAUAAUUCACUUGGAUUCAUUGGGACUUCACCCAAGAAGUUCGAUUUUUAAUAAUGUCAAAAGAUUUCUGAGAGAGGAAUGGAACUAUCUAAAUCAAGAUGCUCCAUUGGAUUUACCAAUUUCAGCAAAAGUAUGGAGAGACCUUCCCAAUAUGAUCAACGAAGCUGAAGUGCAGGUUCCACAACAGAAGAAUGAUUUCGACUGUGGUCUGUUUGUGCUCUUCUUCAUAAGACGUUUCAUCGAAGAGGCUCCUCAAAGGCUGACAUUGCAGGAUUUGAAAUUGAUUCACAAGAAGUGGUUUAAACCCGAAGAAGCUUCCGCUUUGAGGAUCAAAAUCUGGAACAUACUCGUUGAUCUAUUCCGCAAGGGUAACCAAGCUGUAUAGAACAGAGAAUCCUUGAGAUCCUUGUCGAGUUUGGUAACUCUAAUUAAGAAAUGAAAGAGAAGUUUUUUGUUAACAGAUCAUUUUGUUCAAGUCCUGUAAUAUAACUAAGGAGCAUGACAUAAUCAUAAGUCAGAACAAAUCAACAAACCAAUAAUAACUUAUCCGAAUAAAAGCCAA